AAAAUUAAAAAGGAGUAAAUAAAAUACGGCGCAUCACGAGAGGAGACGCGACGGUAGAUAGCGCCCGUUGAUCUCUAUCUUCCAAACUCGCCGCUUCUCGAUUCGAUUACACAGUGUGUGUGAGAGGGCGGAACAAACAACUGCUCCGUUCUCGGCGCGGUCGCUCGCCGCCGUCGCCAUUUUGCAGAUCUGAGCGCCGUGGAGCCACCGCAUCGGGCGGCGUCUUCACUGUUGCCUUAGCGCUGGCGGAAGAGUUAGGUUUUCUCCAUUUCUCUCUGCAUUCUUCGGUUGAUCCGCGUCCUCCAUUUUUCAUUCGGCAUUCUGCGCGUUUUUGAUGCCUGGGUUGCGAUCUUCCUCUUUCUGUUGUUUUUUCGUUUCCAAAGGUCGGAGCUUGACUUGAGUGGCUCGGGAAAAUUGGGAUCUUUGAGUGAGUAAUAGGCAGCUAGGAGUUUGUUUUUUGGGCGGUGAGGUUUUUGGAACGAGACGAUGAAGCGAAGCUCUGGAGCAACACCGGCUUCGCUGUCAGGACUGACAGUGACGAAAGGGGUGGACGAGGAGCUCGCCCUCUUUCUCGAGAUGCGGAAGCUGGAGAAGGAGCGGAACAAUCUUCUCCUGCAUAAUUCCGAGGAUCUCGAUCCUCCAUUGGGGUCAAAACCAGGGACUGCUCCUAUAUUCAAGAUCGCCUCUUCACCACCGAUGCGAAAGCCUGGGAUCGAUGACUUUCUAAAUUCAGAUGGUGAAAAGAAUGACUAUGACUGGCUUCUCACUCCUCCAGGUACUCCAUUGUUUCCAUCUUUGGAUACUGAAUCUAAAAGAUCUCCCAUUGGUAGCAUUGAUACUCCAAAAGAACGACCAAAAGUGAUGAAAUCAAGGUUAUCAAAUGCUCCGGAUCCUUCAAAGAACACCUCAUUGAGGCAACCAACAUCGUCAUCUGGAAUCAACUCAUCCACACUGGGAACUCGUAGACCGUCAUCCUCUGGUGGCCCAUCUCAUAGUGCCUCAAGAUCUGCAACUCCUGAUGGACGUCCUGCCUCUUCAAAACCUACUAGAUCUUCCACUCCCACAUCACGGGCUACUUUACCUUCAAAGCCACUGGCUCCUCUGCGAUCUUCAACACCUGUAAGAUCUUCUACGCCAACAUCUAGGCCAUCUGUACCUGCAGUAAGCAAGACUGCAUCAAGGUCAACAACCCCUACAAGACGGUCAUCUAUCUCAUCAGCUGUUCCUGCAACCUCAAUACCGGCGAGACAACCAUCUUCUGUCUCAAGACCGGGUCCAACAAUAUCUAGGAGUCCUGUGCCAACAAUUUCUAAAAGCUCAAUAUUAGCAAUAUCUAAAAGUCCAGCUCCAUCACGUGGGAGCUCUCCCACCUUAAAACCUAAACCAUUGAAACCCUCAGAUAUCCCUGGGUUUUGUCUUGAUGCACCUGCCAACUUAAAGACAUCUUUGCCCGGGCGAUCCUCCUCCGCCACUCGUGGUAGACCAGGAGCACCUAGCAGUCGAUCAUCUUCGGUUGAGUCUGCGCCCGCUGCCAGACCAAGGCGACAGUCUUGUUCUCCAUCCAGAGGACGGUCUGCUAACGGUACUGUCAUGAAAGGUAGUUCUGUGCCACCUCCAAAUAGACAACAAGCAGGUCUUACUGACAAUGUGAACCCUGUUGCCAUGGGAAAUAAGAUGGUUGAACGCAUAGUCAACAUGAGAAGACUUGCGCCACCAAAACAAGAUGACCAGCAAUCGACCCAGAAUAGUCAUCCCAUCAAGUCCUCUCUUACUCCAGAUAGUGCUGGUUUCGGAAGGACAUUAUCAAAGAAAUCAUUGGACAUGGCACUGAGGCAUAUGGAUAUACGUCGAAGUGUUCCCAACAAUUUGAGACCACUGAUGGCAAAUAUUCCAGCAUCCUCUGUUUACAGUGUGAGGUCAGGGUCCUCAAGGAGCAGGGCAGUCAGCAUUACUGAUUCUCCUCUCGCCACAGGCAGCCCCGCCAGUUCAGAGCGAAGCAUCAGUAACUAUGCGAUCUGUCUUGAUGCGGGUGAAAUCGAAGAUGAUGUCACAAGUGAAAAAGUUGGAAGGCAUUCUGCUAUCCCAAGCACCAGAUGACUAAAUGGAACACAUACACGUUAACUAAGAUAAGAUUUUGUAAUGUAGGAGGCCAAUACGUUAGUUUCCCCGUGGAUUGUGAUAAGAAUAGCUCAAGUAGGUCGCUUUGCGGACAACAUAAAUACAUAUGUACUUCAAAUUCGAUCCCUGUGGCUUGUUGGUUGUACCUAUCAUCUCAUUAGUAUGUCGAUUGUGGCAGCCUCUGGAUCAAGCAUACUGCAAUGUUCUCGAUUUCGUGUAGAGAUUCAUUGCAACUUUGCAUAGUUAAUUAUUAUGUAUGCUGUUUGAAUUUGGGUGAUAUGUUUGGCAGGAGAGAUUGGUAUGGAAUUUGUAUGGAAUGCUA